AUGACAACAAAUACACAUUAUCGUAUUAUUGGUGAUAUAAGAAUUAAAAAAAAAGUAUCAACAACUGGAAAAAGUAAAGGAAGAAAAGUUGAUAUAACUUAUGGUAAAAAUGAAACAAAUUUUGAUGAUAUUGCUAUUAUUCAAAAGCAGGAACUACUUACACCUAAUACACCUUGCUUUGUUGUUGAAGUUCAUAAGUGUGAUCCAAAUGCAAUAAUAUCUGUUGGUAUUGCAUCAUUAGAUAUUGAUAAACAUGCAGGUCAAUACAAUAAUUCUCUUGGUUAUCAUAAUAAUACAGGACGAAUAUAUUCAUCAUGGAAAAUUUAUGCAAAUACACUUGGACUUAAAUAUGGUAAAGGUAAUACGGUGGCAAUGUAUGUAACUUAUUUUGGUGAACAUCUUUCAACUGUACUUAUUUUUUAUGAUAAUUUUCCAAUAGCUACAAGAUAUCAUUUUGAAAGCAAUAAAAAUCGAUAUUUUCCAACAAUAACAUUUUCUGGUGGAUCUGCUAUUAUUUCAAUUCUUUGGCCAGAUUCUGUCGAACAAUUACCUUCUAUUACUGAUAUGCCUAUAUCUCAAUGGAUUCGUGGACCAUUAAUUAGUUAUAAUUCAAAUACAGGUUUUUUUGAAAAUCGUGCUAAAAUAGAAGAUCUACCAAUUCAAUCACCUAUACCAUUAAGUAAAUCAUUUCGUUAUUUUAUUGUUAUACAAGAAGAACUUUCACCAAUUGAUGGAAAAGGUGCUAGUGUUGGAUUAGCUACUUGUUCACCUUUAAAACCAACACCAACAUGUUCAUUAAUGAAAGAUUAUUAUACAUGGUUUUCUAAAACGAGAAUGAAAAUUGGAAAUUCGAUUGGUUGGGGUAUUUUUUAUGAUGAAAAUUGUCAUGAUGAUAAAGCUGAACAAUUAUGUCUUGUAUUUGUUAUGUUUAAUAAAUUAAUAGUUGAUGCUCUUUUUGUUUUACAACCUGAAGGUGGUUUUGUUCCAAUUGUAUUACUUCAAUCAUAUGCAACAAGGGUAUCAAUUGAAAGACAUGAUAUAUUAACAAUAGAGGAACUUGAUAAAUUACAAGGAUUUUAUACACAAAUGUUAAGACCAGCUAUGGAAAUUUUUCGAAAAGAUAAAGAUGAACGAUUUUUAUCAGAACAAUCAUUUCGAAAAAGUGAACAAGUUUUACUUAAUAUUGAUAAUCAUUUAUGUCGUGUUUCAAUUCCAAAAACUGAAAAUAGUAUUCAUUAUAUACAAUUUUGUCAACCAUUAACUUAUGAACGACGUUUCUUUUUUGUUGAAUUAGAAAAUAUUAGUAAACAAUGUCAAAUAACAAUUGGUAUUGCUUCAUCUAAACAUGAAUUUAAUGUAGCACCUGGUAUUAUUCAUAAUACAGUUGGUUAUAAUUCUUAUACAGGUAAAUUAUAUUCAAAUCGUAAAGAUACUGGAAAUAUGCAUGGACAAAAAUGUAAUAAAGGUGAUACAAUGGGUGUUGAAAUUGUAGUAUUUGAUAAAGAAAUGAGUGUUGUAUUAUUCAGUAAAAAUUUUCGACCAAUUGGUACACGUUAUUUAACAUUAAAUGAUUAUUCACAAUAUUUUCCAACAAUACUUAUUGAAAAUAAUGGAGAUCCUGUUGAAUUAUUAGUUUAUUGGCAAACAAGAAUUUCUCUACCACCAUAUUAUAAUAUAACAAAUUCAGAAGAUUGGUGUGUACCAGAUGGAACAAAUAUUGAUUUAAAAGAAAAUAUGUUUAUUUUACCACAACAUCUUGAUCAUUCAUUAUGUAUUCAAGCUCCUAUUAGUUUAAAUAAAAAAUAUCAUCAUUUUGAAAUUGUUCUUUUGGAAAAAUUUAGUGAUAGUGAACCACCACCUGCAAUUGCAUUAUGUACGGCUGCACCAAUUGAUCCAUCACCAACAUCUCAAUUUCGACAAGAUUAUUUACGUUUUUGGCCAACAGGCGAUGCUGCAAGAUAUUUAAAGCAAGGAGAUAAAAUUGGUUGGGGUAUUUUAUUUCCACAAGAAGAAGAUAGUUUAAUAGAAAAUAAUAAAGAACAAUUAAUAAUAUGUUAUUUAACAGUUAAUCGUACUGUUGGUUAUGUUCGAGUACUUUAUCAACCAAUAGGUGGUUUUUAUCCAGUUGUUAUAGCUCCACCAAAUAUUAAUCUUAUACAAAUGGAUUUUUCUGCUACACGAAUAUUAACAGAAGAUUUUACAUCUGAACAAAUUAAAGGAAUUAUUGCUGAUGCUCGACAACAAAUUGAAGAAGAAGAAGAACAACAAUUACUAAAAAGUUCAGUAUCAUUAGAUAUAAAGAGUGGUGUUAGUACACAAAUAAUAAACGAAACUUCAUCUGAUGUGAGUUCAAUAAUGCCUGAUAAUUAUGAAGAUAAUCCAUAUAAUCCAUCAGUAAAAUCAACUACUUGUAUUAUUAUCUGA